AUGAGUGAAUUUGAUGAGUUACUAAAUUUGGAGGAAGAAUUCUAUAAAGAAGGUUACGAUGAAGGCCAUAAUGAAAAUUUGAAAAAUAACUUCCUAGAAGGGAAGCAAUUUGGUUUACAAGUUGGUUUUCAAAGAUUUGUUUUGUUGGGUCAAAUGAUUGGAAUUUGCGAUGUAUUAGAUUCCUUGGAUUUAAACAGUUCUGCAUUAAGUAAAAAUGUUCAAAGUGUUCGUACUCUUAUUAGCCAAGUUGAAAUGACUAACGAUGACGAAAACGUAGAAGAAUUAGGAAAAAUAAUGAUAAAACUUAAGAACAAAUUCAGAACCAUUAUGAUAAGUUUUCAAAGAAUAAUGAAAAAGGAAAAAAGGGAACCAUUUACCUUUGAAGUAAUUGAAGAAAUAUCAAGGAUAAUUGCUGGUGAGGUACAAGGCUUUGUUGAAGAUGAAGACGUUACAGACGCAAAAACUACUCAAGAUCAAGCCCAAGCCUGGUAA